AUGGAGAUCCCAACCGCAGCACUUCCGUUCCGUGACAAACCAGCGCAGGUUGGUGCGGAUGGCCAGCUGGAUGUCAAAGCUGAUGAUGACCAGGAAAUUGCCCAGAUGGCUCGUUCUGGUACCGACAAUAAUAACGACGCAAAUAUGGACGAGUGUGUUGCUACGAAAAAUGACGAACAGGAACCCAGUACGAUUGAGGAAACAGCUGAAGCCCCAGAUCCAAAGAAAAGUAAGAAGAAAAAGAGGACCAAGAAGUCGAGAGGAAAAAAUAAGGGAUCAGGAUUCGAGGAAUAUGCUGCCGAUGGCCCUAUCACUGUUGCUGAAUAUGAGGAAAACAAAAAUCGUUACGAUAGGCGCCUCGAGACAGCCAUUCAACGGUUCCAGGCAAAAAGGAGCAUGAACAUUGACCGCAGAAACGUAUUCACAAAAUACAUGUCAUAUGGAGGUGUAGACGUUGGGCCGAAAAUGUUUGAAGGCAACGACCAACGGGAUCUCAUGGACAUGGACUCCGAGGACAUUCUGACUGCCGCAGCGCAAGCCUCAGUCCCGGAAAACCGUGUUGGUUGGGAUGUGGAUUUUGAAGCUGUUGCAAAAGGCUUUCUGUCGUCCGUCCUACCUCUGCACAUCGGCUUAGAAACGGAAGCACUCGUCGACAUGGCCACCGGGACAAUCAGAAACUUUCUAAAUUACAUUCUCUUACACGACGUCUGUCCUGAAUAUACUGAGAAUAUCCUAGCCGCACGUGCGGUCUGCGACGUCGCCAAGGUAGAACUCUGGAAAGCCCAACAAGCGAACUGCUGGGCACCGGGAAAUUUCAACAUGGCCUGUUCAACCUUGUUUGGUGGACACUUCUACGGUUUCUACACCGGAGACCAGGCAUGGAGCAAAGAAGCCGGUGCCGAGGGCAUGGCAGACAGCGUUGCACGCAAGGUAGUCAAAUUUGCGAUUGCCGGGGUCGGGAGCUACGAGCAAGCUGUCCGCUUCCGCAGCCUGGCUAACGCCAAUGAAUUGAAAGCUACCUGUGUGAAUGAAACUGGGUUUGAGGUUAUCGCCAUUACACCCGUGAACAAUGACGUGCGGGAUUUCUACAAGCAGUAUGCUCCCGAUCUCCAGCCGGUUGGCAAACUUCGAGCAAAGCCGUGGCGCAACCCCGGGUUGCCCGCGGAGGAUCUACCCCCCAACCAAAAUUAUGGCGCAUACCAUUCACCUCCGUUUUCAGCUAUUGAUGAGUAUGAAUUUUUCGUAGAGGAGAGCAUGCUGAAGUUCUGUUUCGCGGGGAUGAAAGUUGAAACCUCGGUAUGGGAAUUGAACUGUGGUUUUCAAUACUUUGAUAAUGUGAUGGCCGUUUACUGCUCCUUUUACACCAUAUUGCUGAAUGAGAAUAUGAUUGGGUGGAAGGAACCGAGGGACCUUAGAAGUGAUGUUAUUGUACCGCAUAAUUCAGAAGCAGAAACACAGGUUGGUGGUGGAGAUGAGGGCCAGGUAAGGGCUGAGGAAGAUGACUAG